UAUAAGUAUCGAGUCGAGGAACCAACAUGCAUCAGGCAGACGAAUUUGGCAAUUGAAAGACUCCUGGACUGACAAUUGUCAUCACACAAUUUGUUUCACAGAUGUGAUUGUUGGUUGCGAAUAUGCAUGUUGGCUCUGCUGAAGAUGUUGCACCAUGGGGGCCAAGAGCGAGAAAGCAUGGAUCGUUCAUUCGUCCUGGUAGACAGGUUGACAGAAAAGGCUGGAUGAUAAAUAUACCUAUACCAGUCAACAUGUCGUCACGUUGUAGCAAUUACUUCACUGUUACCGUGCUGCCUCUGGCCAGCCACCAUGAGCUCAAACACCUCUGACCAUCAGCCAUUGGUUGGCUGGAAAGACAGCAGCGAUGACAGAGGCUCUCUCGACGUCUUAUGGUCCUGUCUUGUUACUUUGCUGCUAUGCGCUUGGGUUUCCACGUAUCCUAAUGCUGGCUCGCCUCACGACAAAUGGUACCACCCGGUUCUCGACAAGUUCAAUCUCGCCAUUAUCACAUUUCUUGGCCCCGAUUUCCUUUUCGGCAUCGCUUUAGGGCAAUUUUCCAGUGCUCGUUCAAGUGUCAAGGCUUUUAAGAGAGACAGCCACUUGAGCAGAGGGUAUAAAUGGAAGCUCAUACACGCUUUCUUUGUUGAUAUGGGCUGUCUUCAUCUCACAGCGCCUGACUACUCUGAGGCCGAUGGCAAAAGCUUCCCAAUCAACGCUGAACAAUUCCACUACCUCGUUAAAUCCGGUUUCGUCGAUUUCCCGGACGUAGACAAAUUGGAGAUCAAGGAGCGGAAUUCAGUGGAUACACUCUCACGCAUUAUUACGGUUUUUCAAGCCGCAUGGUUUACUAUCAAAGAACUUGCUCGCAUUCAUAAAGGAUAUGCGAUUUCAACCUUGGAGUUAACAACACUAUCAUUUUGCUUUAUUACUUUUAUAAUAUCAGCUCUCUGGUAUCAUAAACCUUCUAUAUCCAAACCUCAGUUCAUCAGCACAAAAGACAAUAUCACAAUCGAAGAAAUUCGUGAGUAUGCUAGAUGUAACACGCACCCUGGGCUUCCACUCGAUUAUUAUCGGACUCCUUUAGACUUUAUCAGCCAAAGACGGUUCGGUAUAGACGCUCAUUGGAGAUAUUAUGUCUCAUUAGCACAUAAGCUGCGGAUCAAUUUCGUAUCUCGACCUAUUUCCCGAAGACCUUGGGAUCGAGUACCUUCAGACAUAUGGCUAUCCCCCGAGCCGUGGUAUGCUCCAGGAGCGGCGCUGAUUUUAAUUGGCUUCAGCGUCAUAUUCGUCCUCGCAUGGAACUUUCAGUUCCCAACUGCCUCCGAGAAGCUUUUGUGGAGGAUCUGCAGUGCUUAUCAUGCCGCGUUUAGUAUCUAUGGAGGAGCCUACUAUGCGAUUGAGAUGUUCAGACCUAGCAAAAGGAAAGAAGCAGCACCGAUUGCUGAGCUCAGCAGUCAACUCAGAACCAACAGUAUGGAAUCCAUUGAGAUGGAGUCUCAACGCCGAAUCACCUUCGGACGACGCAGGUUCUUGCGCUUUGUUGAACGAGCUAGGGUCUGGAGGAACCUAUCGGAGGACCAAGACCCGACAAUGGAGGUUCCCCUCCGUGUAAUCAUCCCCAUCAGUAUCACGUGUUUUGUGUACUGCCUUUGUCGUUUCUAUAUCUACAUCGAAGACUUGAUCUCACUACGGUUACAGCCUGCAGAGGUGUACUUAACAGUAAAUAGGUAUUUACCGUUCCUGCCUGGAGGAUUAUAAAUUAGUCUAGGCUAUAUCUCUGGUAAAUGCAAAGGCAAUAUCAUCAUUUUUCGG